AUAAACGGUGAAGACUCUGACGUCAUUAACGGUGAAGACUCUGACGGUAACGUCUGUCUGCUUCGUGUUUCUGUGAAUUUUCAGGAAAUGAAACGUGCUGACAGCAGUGACUGAGGUUUUAUCUCUGUAGGUGUGUCCAGCCCAAUAAAAGUGAAGUGAGAUCCACGUCCAUCACCUGCUCUGCCUUUACUCUCCGCCUGUCGCCCACGUCCACUCCAGCUCUGCGAACGUCUGAUCAGAUCAUGGCUGUGACCAACCAACCUGGAAGAUUCCAGCCGUCUGACUUCCAGACCGGCCUGUGUGAUUUCUGCGAUGACUGCGGGACCUGCUUCUACGGUCUGUGCUGCUACGCCUGCCUCGGCUGCACCGUCGCCCGCGACAUGGACGAGUGCUGCCUGUGCGGCCUGAGCGUGGCCAUCCGCAGCGUGUACAGGACCAGAUACAACAUCAACGGCUCCCUGUGUAAGGACUUCAUGGUGGUCAUGUGCUGUCCGAUCUGUGCCACCUGUCAGCUGAAGAGAGACAUCGACCGCCGGAAGGAGCAGAACAUUUUCUGAGCAGACGGCGUCACGAGUCCAGACGAGCUGUAAACGCCCUGCACCGCUCGUCAUAAAGAGCCAUAUAACCUCUGAUGAGUCUUUUUCAUAUCAUACAUUAACUCAUCUAUAUUACUCUCUUCCAGUCAGUCGGCUGAGUCAUUCCUUCACUGAUACUGUUUUAUCCAUUUCAACUCCAACAGUGAUUUAAACUGUGCGACACGUCCUGAUCCUGUUUGAAACGUUUUACUGAUCGUGUGAUCUGGAUGUUAAAUGUUUGUAAAAGCUGUUCUGGUAAUAAAAAACCUUUCAUUUGAA